GCUAUGUAAAGAAAUAAAAAAUAAAGGAACGUUUUUGGCGCUGUUUUGAUGUGCCAUUUACCCCCCAUCAACACAGGGUGGUGCAGUUGUGCGUCAUUACGCAGGGAAGCCUCCACACCUCUGGUCUCAAUUGGUUUCCCCAUCAUUUCCCAGUCCUCUCUGAAACCCGCCUGCGGUGUUGUCCCGACGAAGUCUGUUAGUAUAGAGUGGGUUUAGCCAGCGCUCGCGUUAAUUAUUUAAUCGCCAGAGUACAAAUCUGACUGUAAUUUUCAUAUCUUCCCUCCGUGCAGACUUGACGAAUUAUCCAGCCCACAUUGGAUGUAUUUGUAAUAAAGAUUUCUUCAGGAAUACGCCAUUCAUAUCAAUGCUUCAACAUGCAGCCCCCACCGAGAAAGGUCAAAGUAACUCAGGAGCUGAAGAAUACUCUCAUAGAGCAGAUGACCAGACUGCACCUCAAACAUCAGACCGAAUGUGACCUGCUGGAGGACAUGAGGGCAUACAGUCUGAAGAAGGGCCAGUUGGAGAGGGACUAUGUCCAGGCUCUGCAGAAGCUGGCCAGUCAGUACCUGAAGAGGGAUUGGCCAGGCAUCAAACCAGAGGACCAAGGCACAGACUACAGGAAUGUGUAUGCUGUGUGGCGGUCCUAUCUGAAGGGGACAGUACAGGUGACUCAGUCUCGCAUCAAUGUGUGUGACAACUACAAGAAUGACAUCUCAGAUCCUGCUAAAACUGUACGGCUAUACAAGGAACAGCAGCUCAACAAGAGUAUAGAACAGUUGAAUCGUAUCCAGGUGGAGCUGCAGGACUCUGUGAAGGACCUGGCCAAAGCCAAGAAGAAAUACUACGACUCAGAACAGGUGGCUCAGGCCAUUCGAGAGAAGGCUGACAUCGAGGCCAAGUCAAAGCUGGGUCUGUUUCAGUCCAGGAUUAGUUUACAGAAAGCCAACGUUAAGUUGAAAGCCAAGAGGAGUGACUGUAACUCUAAAGCAACCCAUGCCAGGAAUGACUACCUGUUAACCUUGGCAGCAGCCAACGCUCACCACGACCGCUACUACCACACAGACCUGCUGCACUGUAUACAGGAGUUGGAUGGCGGGAUAUAUAACCAUGUGAAGGACUAUCUGAUCUCUAUCUGUCAGACAGAGCUGGAGGCCUUUCAGGUCAUACACAACACCUUCCAGUUCCUACUGGACAAAUCCACCCGGGUGAGACAGCUGUGUGGGUGUUUCUGCGUGUGGGUGUUUCUGCGUGUGGGUGUUUCUGCGUGUGGGUGUAAUCCUGUAUAUCUCUUUCUCUCUCAGGUGGUGCAGGAGUUUAACCAGCAGCUCUUCAUGCAGGAGAACCCUGUGUUUCAUAAAGCACAAGACUUCCAGUUCCAACCCAGCGACUGUGACACGACUCUGAGCUCGGUGCAGAAGUUGGUGGACAUUGAGCCUUCGCCCAUCAGUGUCAUGAGGAUGACGCUGGCACAGAGUCGUAAGUUGGAGACAGACACGGGGAGCCCGACAGAGGAGCACAGUCUGAACAAGGAGGCCAGGAAAUGGGCCACCAGAAUGGCCCGAGAACACAAGAACAUCAUUCACUACAAGAGAAGCCUGGAGGAAUGUGAGACACUGGGAGUUCCUCAAACAGAGCAGGGCCGGCUUGAUCUGGAGCUGAAGAUAGAGGAUACCAAAGAGAACAUCCGCAAGGCUGAGACAGUAAAGCUGAAGGCAGAGGCUCGUUUGGACCUGCUGAGACAGGUGGGCGUUGCCGUGGAUACCUGGCUGAAGAGUGCCAUGAACCAGGUGAUGGAGGAGCUGGAGAAUGAGCGCUGGGCUACGCUAAACUACACUACCCACGAUCCCUCACUCUCGGGCCCAGUUGAUCUGGAGCGGUCGGAGGGUGAGGAGUGUGAGGAGAACAUGGAGGUGUUUGAUGACAGCAGCUCCAGCCCCUCUGGGACUCUCAGGAACUACCCACUCACCUGCAAAGUCCUCUACUCAUACAAGGCAUCUCAGCCAGAUGAGUUGAGUAUAGAGGAGCAGGAGAUGUUGGAGGUGAUAGAGGAUGGAGACAUGGAGGACUGGGUCAAGGCGAGAAGUAAGACAGGGCUGAUUGGCUACGUCCCAGAGAAGUAUCUUCAGUUCCCCACUUCUAGCAGCCUACUGAGCAUGCUCCAGUCUCUCGCUGCGUUGGACGCUCGCUCACACACCUCCUCCAACUCCACCGAGCCAGAGAUACACACUGGCAGCAUCAACGGAGACGCCAGCUUGAGUUUUGUGAGGGCGCUGUAUGACUACGAUGGUCAGGCGGAUGAGGAGCUGUCCUUCCCAGAGGGGGCUGUCAUCCAUCUGCUUAACAGAGACACCCAAACAGACGAUGGCUUCUGGGAGGGAGAGUUCAACGGACGAGUGGGAGUCUUCCCUUCUGUACUGGUGGAGGACCUGACUGAGAGCAGAGAGAACAGAGUAGACAAACUGAUCUCUCCAUCUUCGAGGCUGCCCUCCUCGUUGCCCCCCCUCCCUCUGUAUGAUCAGCCCCCCUGCAGCCCCUACGCCACCCCAGACACCCCCACCCCUCCGCUCCUCCCUCGAUCUCCCUCUGUCAAUGGGGAACACAAGCCACCUCCCACAAUGUUCAAGGGACCCACUCACAAUCAUAGUCCAGUGUCUCCAGAGUUCCCCCAGCCCUCCAGGUUCACCCCCGACGGAGGCAUCAGCACACUACGACCUGUCCGUGCAGCACCUCCGCCCCCCAAGCAGAAACCUCACAAACAGACAGAGAAGACUGAGGAGGUGGAGAUCACACUGGUGUGACAGACAGAGAAGAUUGAGGAGGUGGAGAUCACACUGGUGUGACAGACAGACAAGACAGACAAGACAGACAGACAGACAGACAGACAGACAGACAGACAGACAGACAGACAGACAGACAGACAGACAGACAGACAGACAGACAGACAGACAGACAGACAGACAGACAGACAGACAGACAGACAGACAGACAGACAGACAGACAAGACUGAGGAGGUGGAGAUCACACUGGUGUGACAGACAGACAGACAGACAGCAGAGCACAGACCUGGAUGACUGAACUUUGAACUGGGCUUCACCUCUAAGCUUUGAACCCUGGAACCCCCUCCCCCCCUACCUCCCUCCACUGGGAAGAAACAUGGGAAGGAAGAUGGUUCUGUCUCCAAGCAACAAGCCCCUCACCCCCCCCUCUCCCUCUGUGUCAGACUGUCUGUUGCCUUAACUUUGCUCUCAUCAUUUUGAAUGAAAGGAAUUCAACGGGAGGAGGAGGAAAAGGAGAAAUGCUGAGGUGGAGAGUUGAAAUGAGUUUUAUCUGCUAUGUGAGCAGAGUUUCCCCUGUCCUUGCCAUAUAUAGUCAUAUCAUAUGUCUUUAAUGUGUAUUAGUACAGUACAUUACUGUUGUCAUAGGAAUGUUCUGAAUUAUGCACAACGUUUCAUAUUAGCCAAACCCGCUGAAUGGAGUAUCUAUUUUAUAUGUAGUAGAAGUUUAUCCAUAUGUCAACCUGGAAGAGCAUCGUACAUGCAGUUAGA